ACUCAGCAAAGUGUACAGGUCACUUUAGGACCGGUGUCGAUAGACUGAAGUUUCAAACCAUGGAACCUGCCAUGUCUCUUCCGGACCUAUCUAAUCCAGAUAGAAGUUCUUUAAAGCAGAGUGUAAAAACCAAACAAUCCAAUGGUCAUCCAAAAGGAAUUAUAGUGAUGGUGACAUCCGACGAUGUCGAAGAACAGAAACCCAAGAAAAGUUCUCCGCGGGAAAGAAAUUCUACGGAGCUUCAACUAUUAUCUAUUCCAGAUGGAAGUUGCACUCAUAAUUGUCGUAGACAUUCCUAUCAAGUGGACAUGAAUGAACGUCACCAUCGCAAACAUCACAAGAGGAGCAGGAAAGGUUCUUAUCCGGAAACGGAACUGUACAGGGGACGAGUGGUUCCUGAUAUAUCCAGUGAUACCUUAUCAACUAGCAGUUGUCGCCAUUCCUCCAGGUGUUCCAGCAUUAGUAGUGUCAAUCACAGCAGGAGAUCGUCCCAUUCCGAUUGCGGCUCUCAGAGACGAGCUUCUUGUCAAAGUUAUCAUCAUCGAAGAAGUAGUCAUUCUAUAUCCGGAGGAAGUAGUCACAGUCGGAGACCAUCUGCAGCUCCUUCUAUAGCUAAAGAAGAGCAGAACAGUCCUGAAAAUCGGAGAAGAAGGACUAUCAUCUUCCUAAUUGGUUUUGUAUCAUGUUUCAUCUUACUCACUAGUGUUAUUUUGAUAGCCGUUAGCCUAACCCUUUCUCCAACCAUAGACGAGUUAGGUAAGUUAGAAAAGUAA